CGGCCGUUGCGCGGCGCCGCUGACCCGGGCGGGCCGAGCCCCGGGGUGCGGAGCGGAGCGGUGCGGUCGGUGCCCGCCGUCCCCCGGCGCGGAGCCGCGAUGGCGGAGCCGGGGCGGGCGCAGCGGAAGCUGUCGCGGGUCGGGGAGAGCCUGUACCGCGUGCUGGGCCUGGAGAAGGGCAGCUCCCCCGAGGAGAUCAAGAAGGCCUACCGGAGGCUGGCGCUGCGGUACCACCCCGACAAGAACCCCGACGACCCGGCGGCGGCCGAGCGCUUCAAGGAGAUCAACAGCGCCCACGCCACGCUGAGCGACGAGGACAAGCGGCGGCUCUACGACCAGUACGGCUCCCUGGGGCUCUACGUGGCCGAGCAGUUCGGCGACGAUGCCGUGCGGCACUACUUCCUCAUGUCCAAGUGGUGGUUCCAGGCCCUGGCCCUCUGCUGCGGCGCGCUCACCUGCUGCUGCUGCUGCUGCUGCUGCUUCUUCUGCUGCGGGACGUGCUGCCCGCCCAAGGAGGACGACUCCUACAAGUACGUCGACCCCAAGGACCUGGAGGCACAGAUGGGCGCGGAGGACGGCGGUGAGUCGGGUGGAGGAGGUCCUGUGUCACCAGGGCACGGAGCGCUGCCUCCAGGCUGGACCGGGCUCAGCAGCUCUGGCGUUAACAGUUUGCGGGGCUUCCCGUGCGGACCCGGGCUGGUGACGGCGGGCAGGGGCACCGCACGGCUCGCGGGGCAGCUCCUUCCGUGAUUUCCUCUGGGCAAGGGCUCCGUGAAGCCCCUGCUGGCUCUGCAGGGCCCUUGCCCAGCUGGGCACGGAGCUGGGGGCAGCAGCUGUGCCUCAGGCUGGCCUUAUUCUCUGGGCACUGGCUGUGCCGCUGCCAGCGGGGGCUGCCCCUGGGUCACCCUGCGGGUUUCAGAGGGGACGGCUGGCGUGGUUGUGCACUGCCUGGGGCUUUGCGAGCUUUGGUCUGUGGGAGACUUCUUGAGAGCACUGGGAUGUCCUGACUACCUGUUCCCCAGCACCAUGGGACAGGGCUGUGCCACUGAUCUGCAGCUCCCGUUUUCCAGAUUCCACAGAUCCCGGUUGUGGCGCAGCCCCCGCCUGCCGGCGCACAGCCCCUGCCAUCUGUCAGCACCAAGACCGAGGCAUGAGGCUGGCCUCCAUCCUGCCGGCUCCCCGAGGACUCCGGAUAGGGAUCCUCCUUUGGGACUGUCACUUUCCAGGACCCCAGUCAUGCCACCCAGGGCUGCUCUCCAGCCUCAAGGUGGCUAGAAUCUCAGGUUAAAUUGGCCAGCAUCACUGCAGAGGUUCUUCUGCCCCUGUUUGAGCGCCAGGGCAAUGCUCCUGUCUCCCAGCACUGGUGACGGAGGCAACCCAGAGCCCUUGCUGCUGCACCCCAUCCGCAGUGCCUCAUCUGCUGCGGUGUUCCCAGCAGCCUGCCCAAGAAGUCACGCAUGGAGACCUCUUUGGGCCAGGCUCAACCCUGCAAGAAGUAGCUGUGUCCGAGACCGUUAGCACUGUAACCUCUGGGGCUGGGCUCAGCCCACUACCUGCCCUCACGGGGACCCUCCUGAUGGGUGCUGGGUGCCAAACUGCUGCUCGUGGGGUUGGGGUGCUGCCUGCUGUACCCCCUUCCUCUCUGCCCUGCCAUGGCUCCGGGGCGCUGGCUGCACCCCACUCCUGCUGCUAGCAGGCUCCCUGCAGGGCUGGGCCCCGUACAGGCACUUUCCUUGGGUUUUAAUAGAUUUUAUGGGCACUUUUAAAGGAUAACAGAACAU